CCGCGUGGUGGUGGGAAGGAAGAUGCCUGACAGGUGGGGCCUCCCGAAACCCAGAAAAAAAAACACAAGCAAAACCCGUACUAGUACUCUAGUAGAGAGGGGAAAAAAGCAGAAAAGGUGGAAGAAAAAAAAAAUGAAAGGAUGAUGAAGCGAAACGUUUCCCAGUCGACGGAGGCAAAGGCAAGCGAGGCGAGUCGUCCGGAUCCCCUUUAAAACCGCGACCACCUCUGCCUCCUCCUCCCUCCCUGUCUCCCAUGUCAACGGCGGCCACCCCCUCCCUCUAGAGAGAGAGAGCACCGGCUGGGCGGUCGUCGUAUUGGUGUUUGCGUGGAUCGCGGUGCUCGGCUCGGGUGUCCCUGGGGUGGCGAUGGCAUUCGCCGGGGACGCGCGGAUCGCCGUCGUCGUGGCGGUGGCGGUGGCGGCGGUGGUCGGCGGCGUGGCGGAGGCCGGGGGAGGAGGAGUGGGGGUGUGCUUCGAGAGGAUAUUCAGCUUCGGGGACUCGCUGACGGACACCGGCAACUUCCUGCUCUCCGUGCCGGAGGACUUCCCGGACCCCGCCCGCAGCCUCCCCUACGGCCAGACCUUCUUCGGCCGCCCCUCCGGCCGCUACUCCGACGGCCGCAACCUCCUCGACUUCUUCGCGGAAGCAUUUGGUCUGCCGUUCGUGCCGCCCUACCUGGGCGGCGGCGACUUCCGGAACGGCGCAAACUUUGCGGUCGGCGGGGCCACCGCCCUCAACGGGUCCUUCUUCCGGGACCGUGGCGUGGAGCCUACGUGGACGCCGCACUCCCUUGAUGAGCAGAUGCAGUGGUUCAAGAAGCUGCUCCCAACCAUCGCCUCGUCAGAGUCCGAACUCAGUGAUGUAAUGUCCAAGUCGCUUUUCCUCGUGGGAGAGGUAGGCGGGAAUGAUUACAACCAUCUAAUUGUCAGAGGGAAAUCUCUUGAUGAGUUACAUGAGCUUGUUCCUAAGGUUGUUGGUACCAUAACCUCCGCUAUAACGGACCUUAUAAACUUUGGAGCAAAAAAACUAGUUGUUCCAGGAAACUUUCCAAUAGGCUGUGUCCCAUUGUAUCUCUCGAUCUUUCCAAGCCAAAAGGAAGACUACUAUGAUGAAAAAACAGGGUGCAUUAAGUGGUUAAAUGAAUUCACCGAGUACCAUAAUCGGUUGCUUCAGGAGGAGCUGGAGAAGCUCAGGAAUCUUCACCCUGAUGUAUCCAUCAUUUAUGCUGAUUAUUAUGGUGCUGCAUUGAACAUAUUUCGCGCUCCACUUCAGUUUGGCUUCACUGUCCCGCUGAACUCGUGUUGUGGAAGUGAUGCUCCGUACAAUUGUUCUCCGUCAAUAUUGUGUGGACACCCUGGGUCUGUGGUCUGCUCUGACCCAUCAAAGUACACUUCAUGGGAUGGUCUGCACUUCACCGAGGCAACCUACAAAAUUAUCAUUCAGGGAGUGCUUGGGUCAUACGCCAUUCCUCCUCUUUCAGAAACUUGUCAGGGUGGAGAAUAUAAAGUCUCUCAACUUCAUCAAUGUACAGAUAACCCGACGAACACUGUAACAUACGACGCUAUGAGCUCUUUUAUUUGAUCUACUGAGCUCUAGGGCAUGUAGAGUAUUAAGGAGCAAUAUAGAUAUAACAGGCCCCAUCUCCUCGUACACUUCUCAAAGUCGAGAAGCGCACUGGUUGGGGAUCUUGUACUUCUCAAAUCCAUUUUUCUGCUAUAAGUAGAAAAGAGAUUUUGUAGAGCAGAGAUUUACAACUGCCAUGUCCAUGGCUUUGCUCAACUCAUUUAGUUCCCCAGAAACUUACUGCACCGGGAAAUGGAAAGUAUACCGUAUAGUCAAUAUUUCAGUCUGUUCAAGUUACCAUGCUACAUACUCUACUAUAGAAAAAAAACAGUUUAUGAUUCAUCUCCAAAACGGCAAUGUAUUCAGUACUAAAUCCUGAUUUCCUCAUAACAAAGACAUGUACUUAAACUUUGCUUGUUCAGCAGUCUGCUUCAUAUGAUCACCCUGCACCUGCAGUGUUUUCAUAUCUGAAAUUGAACCUCCUGUCUAAAAGAGAU